CUGAUGUAGCGACAGUUCUCUGUUGUCUCUGAUUAUUCGAUGGGCAUCAAGUGCGCCGUUUUGCAUUCUGUUUUACCAUGUUUUUCAUGAAGAAAAACGUGUUUUUGGUCAGUGUAUCAGUGAUUUUGGCUUCUUUUGGAUACCAUCAUGCGGAAGUUUAUCGAAUAGGAGUGAUAUCAGAUCUCUCGGAUGCUGAACAACAGAGGGCUUUAUUCAAAUCCGUCUCGAAAGCUGUCAGGGAAAUCAACGAACGCGAGAUGAUCUUCCUUGACGUCAAAACCAUUGAAAUACCUAAAGAUAAUUCUUUCGAGGCAGUUCGAGCCACUUGUUCCCUUCUCGAACAGGGUGUCGUAGGAAUUUUCGGUCCAUUCACUGAGGAUAACUCCAAUGUCGUCCAGUCUAUCUGUGAUCUCAAAGAAAUUCCCCAUAUCGAGGUAAGAUGGGACGAUCACUCACUGAAUGGGACCAUUGUCAACGUUCAUCCAUAUCCAGACAUGUUGACAAGAACCUACUAUGAUAUUAUAAUCAACUGGAAAUGGAAUGAUUUUGUUAUUUUAUAUGAAAACAACGAGAGUCUACAAAGAGUAGGAGAGCUGUUGAAGCUCUUCGAGCCAUCCAAACAGAGAAUUGUUGUUAGACAGUUGGAACUAACAAAAACGACGGAAGGCUACAGAGAGAUUCUGAAGGAAGUGCGAAAAUCCGGAGCAACGCAUUUCGUAUUAGAUUGCUCGAUAGAGAUACUGGAGGAAGUCUUGAAGGAGGCACAGCAAGUGGGCCUGAUGACCAACAAGCACAACUUCAUAAUCACCAAUCUCGAUUUGCACACAAUAGAUCUCAAGCCGUUCAUGUACAGCGAAACGAAUAUCACUGGGAUGCGAUGUGUCAAUAUCGAAAAACUCCUAGAAAACACUGAUCAACCCCUGGAGGUUUAUAAAAUGAAAUUAAAAGAGGCUCUGAUCCAUGAUGGUAUCAAAAUGUUUGCUGAGGCCUUGAGUGCCUCAGAAACCAUGGUACGACCAUUCAACAUCGAUUGUUAUAAUGCCAGCCACAAACUUUCGAGCGGGACAACCAUAAUCAACUUGAUGAAAGGCCUAGAAUACCCUGGUCUUACUGGUCCAGUGAAAUUCGACAUCAAAGGUUACAGGUCAAACUUUGCUCUGGAUAUAUUCGAGCUGAUGGAGGGUGGACAAACCAUAGUUGGACAUUGGAAUUCGAGUAUGGUACCAGCUCUUAAUAUCUCCAGAAAACUUCCACCAUCUGAGGACGACAACGAUGAUAUCCGGAAUAGAACCUUCAAAGUCGAAAUAACAUUGACGGAGCCUUACGGUAUGAGAGUGGAAUCAUCCGAACCACUUUAUGGAAAUGAGCAAUACGAAGGAUUUGCAGUCGAUCUCAUCAAAGAAUUAGCUGCCAUGCGAGGUUUCAAUUACACAUUCACUGUGCGAGAGGACAAAGCUAAUGGGAAAUUCGACAAUAAUACAGGAAGGUGGACUGGAAUCAUUGGUGACUUGAUUGAUGGAGUGAGUUUGAACAUCUCUGAUACGUAUUUGGUGUAUGGUGAUUUUUUGAAAUAUUUCCAGCAUGCUGAUCUUGCGAUAUGUGACUUGACAAUUACAAUGGAAAGAGCAGCAGUAGUAGAUUUCACUGUACCUUUUAUGAUGUUGGGAGUGAGUAUACUGUAUAAAAAACCGACGAAAGCACCUCCAAGUUUCUUUUCCUUCGCUGAUCCUUUCGCCUUCGAAGUAUGGCAGCUAUUGAUUGUAUGUUGGGUAGGAGUGUCAGUAAUAAUUUUCGUCGUUGGUAGAAUAUCUCCAGCAGAAUGGGAGAACCCAUACCCAUGCAUUGAAGAACCGGAGUAUCUGGUCAACCAGUUGGACUUCAGAAACUCAUUGUGGUUUGUGACUGGAUCUAUUAUGCAGCAAGGUUCAGAAAUCGAACUCAAGUCGGUUGGAACGCGAAUGGUUGCUGGCAUGUGGUGGUUCUUCACUCUUCUCAUGGUGUCAUCUUACACGGCCAAUUUGGCUGCUUUCUUAGCUACUGAAAAUCCAGAUCCUCACUUCACCAACCUGAAAGAACUAGUGGAUAAUGCUGAAUCCAAAGAAAUUAUUAUUGGUGCGAAGGCUGGUGGAGCAACUGAAACUUUUUUCAGGGAUAAAUAUGUUGCGGAUCCAACCAGUGACUUUGGCAAAGCCUGGGUAAUCAUAGAAAAAUAUAAAGAUCAAAUAAAGAUUCCCGACAACAAAGAUGGCGUAGCUCAAGCUCAGAAAGGACACUAUGCUUUUUUCAUGGAAGACACCUCAAUCGAAUAUGAAACACAAAGAAAAUGUGAUCUGAAUCAGGUUGGAGGGAAACUGGAUGAAAAAGGAUAUGGCAUAGCUAUGCGAAGAAAUUCAUCAUAUAGACAUAGUCUGAGCACGGCCAUUCUUAUUUUACAAAACUCUGGUAAAAUUGGAGAUAUCAAGAGGAAAUGGUGGGAAGAGAGAAAAGGUGGAGGACAAUGUUACGCUGAUAGUGAAUCUGCAGAUGCAACACCUCUGAACCUCAGCGGAGUAGAGGGCGUUUUUUGGGUGACAAUAGGAGGAACCAUCGUCGCCAUCUUCAUGGCAAUUCUGGAAACCCUCCUGCAAAUCACUAGAAAAUCCAUAAAGACCAAAACACCCUUCUGCUCCGUCCUGAUGGAAGAAAUCAGAUUCUACUUCCGAUUCGGAGAAAUGGAGAAACAAAUGGUGUAUCCGGAUCACAGCGAGGAAUCUCCCACUACCGAGUUGCCGUAUGGUUUUGUUUUGGAAAAACAGAUGAGCGCGGACAGACACAGUUGCAGAAGCAAGCGAAGCAAAAGUAGAAUCAGUAGGAGUAGAGCGGGAAGGAGCAGAAGUAGGAGCAGAAGAAGUGGGAGUAGGAAGUUUGAUAAGCAACUCAGUGCGAAUACUUCUUGAUUCAAUCGAUAUUUGUUAUAGAAUUUAAGUGAAUUACAAACAUGAAAUAUAAGUAGAAUGAAGAAUUGUCAAGUUGAAAGUUGCAAGUUAAGUUGUAAACCCGUAUACCAAUAUACAUGAAUAU